UUCACGCCCAGAUCCUUUCUGAGGACAAGCAUGAUCAUCAAAUUUUGGCGCUCAAGGCGUUCGCGGCCGCAAGCUCCGCAAAGAUUAUCCGCUUAUUUCGGUGAUGAUGCGUGCGAGAUCGUGUCAUAACGCUCGACUUCCUCUUCCGCUCCUCGACUCGACACAGCGAGCGUCUUGGGGCGUCGGAACAUUGCGGACGGAAAAGAGAUGGACAUGGACUACGCGCAAGAUGUGACCCGCGACCGUGCGCCUGGCGACUUGGGCGCAAGGAUGGAGACCGAUUUCACGCGCCUCAUCACCUCCAAUCGCGUUCCAACAGCGGAAGAACGCGUUUCCAUCCAGACCCGACUGGAAUUUCUCCAGGGACGCCUGCAGUCGCUGAGCGCCGAUCUACCCGCGGCGUCCACGACAGUCUCCGCGCAGCCUCGGGCUGUACAGGAAUCCAUGGAAGCCCUUCGCUCAGUCAUCUCCGUAACUCGUCGACUCCCCGACGACAUCCUCUGUGAGAUCUUCCGCGCAACCGUCCCUCCUGAUCCGCACAUGAGCACGAAAGAAGCACCGCUGCUCCUCGGCCGGAUCUGCUCCGGAUGGCGUCGUCUCGCAUAUAUGACAACACCCGACCUGUGGAAGAACGUUCACGUCGUUGUCCCAGACAAGGCGCAUCUAAACCGGCUCUGUGACGCGGUGGACGACUGGCUAUCUCGCUCAGGCGCCUUAGGCCUGUGCGUUAGCCUAGCCGUGUCAGACGCAUGCGAGCCUGAUUCGGAUAACAUCGCGACGGUGAUUGACGUCCUAACGCGCUUCUCUACGCGCUGGCGUCGCGUGAAGCUCACUCUGUCUCCGCACACGACGUUGACGCCCUUGACGAAUUUGCGGCCGCAGGAUGUGCCUAGGCUCGAAUCGAUCUCGCUGACAUCGAUAGGAGUAGGCACGUGGAGGAACUCGGAUGCACCGCUCGAUGUUCCAUGGAGGAAAUUGCCGUUUCUGCGCACCUACGCGCUGCGCAAGGUCUCACUCGUGAACCUGGGCGGCAAGUUUCUGACCUUACCGGUGAUCUGGCCGCUCCUCUCGUCGCUGACACUCCUUGGCGGCGGGCUGAAGGACUCGACCAUCUACCAGUUCACGAUGCAAUCCGCUUUACUUCUUUUGCGAGAAUGCACCCGGCUCGUCCAGCUCAAGCUAUGCGUUACGUCGGAUCAACAAGUUGUGGCGAUGCCUGAAGCAGACGAAUCGUCGAAGAACCACCUAUCAACCCUCGUGACCAUGCCCCUUCUCACGCAUCUGAGCGUCGAGAACAGAGAAUACGCGCUGCCGAACGCCUUGCACUUCUUCCGCUCGCUAGUUCUUCCCAGCCUGCGUUCUUUCGCAUAUGAGGGACCCAAAUACGAGUACGAAUAUAGCACCUCUGCGCACCGAGCCAUCUUGCCCUUCUCACCACUCCUUGGACAAUCAGCCCUUGAACGACUGACGAUGGACAUCCCCGGUGUCACGAGGGCCGCUUUCAUCCAUUGCAUGGAGCUGGUGCCCAAGCUCAAGGCUCUACGCAUCGAGCCUGGACCUGGGUAUGAUCCUUGGUCUCCUGUAGGGAUCGCCACUUUGCAACCAACAAUGUCUGCCGAGGAUCUCGUCCAGCUGCUGACAACCUCGAACCACCUGCUGGCAAAUCUGAGAUCACUGGAGAUCCAUCGCACCUCGCAGCUCACAGAUCAAGCUAUCCUCGAUCUCUUGUUAUCCCAUGGACGGUCCUUGCGACGGCUGGAUGUGUCUCUCACCAGGGCCCGGGAGUUCGAUAUCUUGCCGCUUGUUGACCAUCUUGUUGCUAGAGGGCUGGACCUUAGGCUGCGAUAUCUCCAGUCAAAAUAGAUUACAAGAUGUUUUUUCUUCGAUGCCCACUGAUAUGUCGGACAUCGAACUCUUACCACUCGAACUAUUUAUCAUUAGUACUUAUCUAUAUAAUAGCGUGAGACAAGAAAGAAAUCCGCUUCGUAUCGUUAGAACGGGUAUCUGGUCUCUGACACAACACCAUAUCGAGCGAGAGUGGUCAAUGUGAAACGGACAGCGAUUCGGGAGUGGUAGAGCGCGUGAGGGGAUUGAGCGACGACUGUCGUGGACGCCAACCUCAGAAUAGUGGUUGGGGGACACUGCGACACAGCAGACACGUUACACGGAAGAGCCUGUGAUAUUCUCUCCCAUGGGCGCUUGUAAGCGGUAUCAGUCGCACGGACCAGCCAGGGAGUCGACUGAGUACAUCGCAGGACGUUGUGAAUGACGUGUGUCGACCAGAUUGCCUUGCGCAACCUGCUUGCGCCGCAAGCCGACCAAACUGAGCGACUUGAGACCUGGAAACAUUGGCGACUCGUGCUCGCGAUCAGUCGCAGUCGAACAACGUGCCAAUGCAUCGCCCACGUCGACUUGAAGCUCCAACGAUAACAGCCCAAUCAUCUGCGGGGCGCAGGUGGCAAUGAACCGCAAGUGACGUUGGGUAUCCAUCGCUCUUGCCUUCUCAUGCAGCGAAAAUGCCGUGAGAUUGCAGUGCGAACGUGCGAGCAAGUCGUGGAGCGAGUGUGGGUCACGAUCCAAGUGAGGGACGUGUCGGUAUUCGAGAGAAAGCGAUGCGAGAUUGGGUAGUGUAAGACGAUCGAAGAGCGACGCGAGGUCGGUCCUGGAACCUGUGAUAGACAGGGACACUAGCCGUGGGAGUGAUACGCAUUCCGAGAAGGAAACGGAUGGCCAAUCAGGAUCGGCGGAGCAGGUCAAAGACGCGGACUGAAGCGUCGAACAGGAAGACAGAAUGCUGAGACAGGUAUCCAAGGUCCACUCUGGCGCUGACUCGAUAUGUGUCAGUUGCGACCACGGAAUGUGCUCGUUUUUGGCGGAAGAAGGGAGAUUGAGCCGUCGUAGAGAUGGACAUGAAUACAAAGCAGAGUGAAAGGCAUCUGCGCUCUGGCAGUCCCAGCGAUCCGUUUCGAGACUGACGUGCUGGACCAUCGAUGCAUCGCCAGUCGAGAACGAUGCCAGGGCCUGCUGUGCUGAAGUCGUGAACGAAAGACGCAAGGAGUACCACCGAUGGGUGUGGCCCAGUAGAAGCAGCAAUAUCUGAUCUGUGAGAUCAUGUUCCUCCUGUGUCGGAUUCGAGAAAGUCUGAGCGUAGUCCGUCUGUCGAAGGGAAAUGGAUAAAGAACACGAAGCCGAGCGCUCCAACCACAGCUGCACCAUCGGAAGAUGCGCUUUCCUCGGCCGGUCGAUCCACAGCGUCGACCACAGGGCCGAAUGGGCGAGGGCCACGUCUCUCCACAGACGGCAAACGUGCGACAAAACGACAGGCUCGACAGGGAAAGCCGCAUCGUCGAACUCCGUCAUGGGCUCCCAUUCGUCAAUCAACGCGAACAGGAAGAUAACUCCCAGCAGCUCAGCAGGGAGUCGAAACACGGGGGCGUCGGUGUGCAGCAUGACUUGCGGACUCGAUUCACCAGCAUUGCGCCUCCAGAAUAGUUGGGACAGCGCGUACGGCAUGGCGAUGAUAACGAGCUGCAGGAGCCAGGGAUACCAGAUCCUCUAGCGAAGCUUUUCCCGCGUUCCACCUCUUAUACCAAACAUAGCGGAGUUUUUGGACAAUGCAUUCCAUUCUGGGAACAAGCAGUCCUUAGGCGGCUCAAGGAGAAACGCG